AUGGUCAGCUCCUGUUGUGGCUCUGUCUGCUCUGAGGAGGGCUGUGGCCAAGGCUGCUGCCAGCCCAGCUGCUGCCAGACCACCUGCUGUAGGACCACCUGCUGUCGCCCCAGCUGCUGUGUGUCCAGCUGCUGCAGGCCCCAAUGCUGCCAGUCUGUGUGCUGCCAGCCCACCUGUUGCAGGCCUACCUGUUGCCGUCCCAGCUGCUGUCGCCCCAGCUGCUGUGUUUCUAGCUGCUGUCGCCCCAGCUGCUGUGUUUCUAGCUGUUGUGGAUCCAGCUGCUGCCGUCCCAGCUGCUGUAUCUCUAGCUGCUGCCGCCCUUCCUGUUGCAUUUCUAGCUGCUGCAGGCCUUCUUGCUGCCGCCCCUGCUGUGGUAGUUCCAGCUGUGGAUCUAGCUGCUGCCGCCCCAGCUGCUGUGUGUCCAGCUGUUGCAGACCCCAGUGCUGCAUCUCCACCUGCUGCCGCCCCACCUGCUGCCAGACCACCUGCUGCAGGGCCACCUGCUGCCGCCCAGCAUGCUCUAGUGGUUCUUGCUGCUGA